GUGAAAUAUUUCCAACAUCUCUGUCUCUGACAGGAGAUUAUAAAGUCUCAGGCAGAGACAGUCUGGUCUUCUUGGUUGACGCCUCGAAGGAAAUGUUCAUUAAAGGCGAAGAUGGACGACCCUCUAACUUCGACAUGACGAUGCAGGUUGUUCGGAGCGUUUACACCAGUAAGAUCAUCAGCAGCCACCGGGACCUGGUGGCUUUGGUGUUUUAUGGCACAGAGCAGUGCAAAAACCCCAGGAACUCAUUCAAACACGUUUAUGUGUACCACGACCUUGAUGAACCAGGUGCCAAGAGGGUUCAGGAAGUGGACGCUCUGCGGGGGGAGAAAGGUGCGCAGCUGGCAGCACAGACCCUGGGUAGCGGGGAGACGUCUCUCGGUGACGCCCUGUGGUGCUGCGCCAACCUCUACAGCGACAUCAAGCUGCGGCUGGCGCACAAACGGCUCAUGAUCUUCACCUGCAGGGAUAACCCACACGAGGGCGACAGCGCGAAGGACCGACAGGCCCGGACCAAAGCCAGUGACCUGAAGGAGUCGGGAGUUUUUAUUGAUUUGAUGCACCUGAUAAAACCAGGGGGCUUCGACGUCUCGCUCUUCUUCAGAGAUAUUGUGAGUCCGCCUGAGGAUGACAGCGAGCUCGGGCUGCAGCUGGAGCCCUGUGACAAACUGGAGGACCUCCAGAAACGGGUUCGAGCCAGAGAGACCAAAAGGAGAGCCUUGGCCAGGUUAAGCUUGAGUCUUGGUGAUGGUAUAAAUGUAGCUGUGGGGGUUUAUGCAACCGCUGUUGCAGCCAGGAAACCCGCUUCCAUCAGACUCUACAGGGAAACCAACGAACCGGUGCGCAGCAAAACCCGCACCUUCCACAUGCAGACCGGCAGCCUGCUGCUGCCCAGUGAGAUGAAGAAAGCACAGGUGUAUGGGAGGAAGCAAAUAGUGAUGGAGAAAGAUGAGGUGGAUGCCAUCAAGAAGUUUGACGACCCAGGACUGUUUCUGAUCGGAUUCAAACCGAUGGAAAAGCUCAAACCGCAUCAUCACAUCCGACCUUCUGUCUUCAUCUACCCUGAGGAGGACGAAGUUAAAGGAAGUGCCAGUUUGUUCUCUGCUCUGCUGAAGAAGUGCAUCGAGAGAAACCUGUUUGCUCUGUGCCGCUUUAUCUCCCGCCGAAACUACCCGCCUAGAUUUGUUGCCUUGGUGCCUCAGAUGGAAGAAGUCGACGAGGGGAAGGUCCAGAUUACUCCUCCGGGCCUCAGUGUCAUCUACCUGCCGUUCGCCGACGACAUUAGAAAUCUUGAUCCUCCCAGAUGUCCAGCAGCCUCCCAAACGCAGGUCGAUAAGAUGAAGGAGAUCAUCGCCAAGCUCCGCUUCAAAUAUAGAAACGAUGCCUUUGAGAACCCGGUCCUGCAGCAGCAUUUCAGAAACCUCGAGGCUUUGGCUUUGGACAUGAAUGAACCAGAGGAGAUAGAGGACCUCAUCAAGCCAAAAGUGGACCAGAUUGACCAACGACUCGGUCCUUUGGUGGAAGAGUUUAAAGAUCUGGUCUACCCUGCAGGGUACAAUCCAGAAACCAAACCCGCUCCCAAAAGGAAAACAGCUGACUCUGGAGGCGGAGCCGAUAAGAAGCCAAAAGUGGAGGUGAACGCAGAUGACCUGAAGGCCCACGUGCAGAACGGCACUCUGGGAAAGCUGACCGUGCCGGUCCUGAAGGACGCAUGCAAGCUGUUUGGGAUCAAAACCACCGGAACCAAGAAGCAGGAGCUAAUAGAUGCUCUGACUGAUCAACUGGGUUCAUGAGGCGCGUCAGAAACGCCCUCCAGGUGCUGGAAGGUUCACUGGGCUGAAAGUUAAAUAAUCCAACUCAUGGGGACCAAUUUGCACUAAAAAAAUCUAAUUCUGGGUUUUUCUGACUGCAACACUGUAAGAAAUAAAACCAGGAGUAAAAAGUCAUGAGAUUUACUGAUGUACUGAAUUAAAAAGUCUUUUUUAUUAAA